CGCGGCGUGUGUUCCUCGCUCGGUCAGUCCGCCGACCUGUCUUGUCCUUCUCGUCAUGUCCCGCUGUCUCACACUGGCCCGGUUCGUCCUCAGUUCCUCUCAAAGGACCAACUCACGACUCACGGCAUGUGCACGAGGACUGAGCAGCCGAGCUACCUCGCGCUCCUUCACUGGUGACCUUCAGGUUGGACAGCUGCAGAGGUGGAGCGGUCGGCCCAGAGCGUGGAGCUCCCAGCGGUCGUGCCUCAGCUUCAGCCAGCAGUCUUACUACAGCACCCAGGAGGCCGAGAAAGAGCCUGAAGAAGAGCCUCUGCACACCAUCAUCAGUGACACAGAGUCCGUACAAGGUAGCUCAUCCAAACAUGAAUUUCAGGCUGAGACGAAAAAACUGCUGGACAUCGUUGCCAGGUCCUUGUACUCAGAGAAAGAGGUGUUCAUCAGGGAGCUGAUCUCAAACGGCAGUGACGCUCUGGAAAAACUGCGCCACAAACUGAUGACAGCAGGUGGUGAAACGGCUCAGAUGGAGGUCCACCUGCAGACCGAUGGUGCCAAGGGUACCUUCACCAUUCAGGACACAGGAGUGGGGAUGAACCAAGAGGAGCUGGUUGCUAACCUGGGGACGAUUGCUCGCUCCGGUUCCAAGGCGUUUUUGGAUGCCCUGCAGAACCAGGCGGAGGCCAGCAGCACCAUCAUUGGUCAGUUCGGUGUUGGAUUCUACUCUGCCUUCAUGGUCGCCGACCGCGUUGAUGUCUACUCCCGGUCUGCUGAGCCUGGCGCCCCCGGAUACAAGUGGUCCUCAGACGGCUCUGGAGUUUUUGAGAUCGCUGAAGCCAGUGGUGUUCAACAGGGAACGAAGAUCGUGCUGCACCUCAAAGAAGACUGCAAAGAGUUUUCCAUUGAGGACAGAGUUAAAGAGGUUGUAACAAAGUACAGCAACUUUGUCAGCUUCCCCAUCUUCCUGAACGGACGCAGGCUCAACACUCUGCAGGCCUUGUGGAUGAUGGAGCCCAAGGAAAUUAGUGACUGGCAGCACGAGGAGUUCUACCGUUAUGUCGCCCAGGCUUACGACAAGCCCCGCUACACGCUACACUACCGCGCCGACGCCCCGCUCAACAUCCGCAGCAUCUUUUAUAUCCCUGACACGAAGCCGAGCAUGUUUGACGUGAGCAGGGAGAUGGGCUCCAGCGUGGCUCUGUACAGCAGGAAGGUCCUGAUCCAAACCAAGGCGACUGACAUCCUGCCCAAGUGGCUGCGUUUCCUCCGAGGUGUGGUGGACAGUGAGGACAUCCCACUGAAUCUGAGCAGAGAGCUGCUGCAGGAGAGCGCCCUCAUCAGGAAGCUCCGUGACGUCCUGCAGCAGAGGGUAAUCCGCUUCCUGCUGGACCAGAGCAAGAAGGAGCCGGAAAAGUACAACAAAUUCUUUGAGGACUAUGGCCUCUUCAUGAGGGAGGGCAUCGUUACCACCCAGGAGCAGGACGUCAAGGAGGAUAUUGCAAAGCUGUUGAGGUUUGAGUCCUCUGCUCUGCCAGCAGGCCAGCUCACCAAUCUCAUUGAGUACUCCUCCCGCAUGAAGGCCGGCACGCGCAACAUCUACUACCUGUGCGCCCCAAACCGUCAUCUUGCAGAGCACUCCCCCUACUACGAAGCCAUGAAAAAGAAAGACAUGGAGGUGCUGUUCUGCUACGAGCAGUUUGACGAGCUGACGCUGCUCCACCUCAGGGAGUUCGACAAGAAGAAGAUGAUCUCAGUGGAGACCGACAUCGUGGUUGAUCACUAUAAGGAGGAGAAGUUUGAGGACAGCAAACCUGCCUCUGAGCGUCUGACGCAGGAGCAAGCCGACGACCUGAUGUCCUGGAUGAAGAACGCUUUGGGCCCCAGAGUCACGAACAUAAAGCUGACUCCUCGGCUGGACACCCACCCCGCUAUGAUCACAGUGCUGGAAAUGGGUGCUGCACGCCACUUCCUUCGCACCCAGCAGCUGGCUCGCACCCCUGAGGAGAGAGCUCAGAUACUGCAGCCCACACUGGAGAUCAAUGCAGGACACGAUCUGAUCAAGAAGCUGCAUGCACUGAAGGACACAAACUCUGAACUGGCCGGACUCCUACUGGAACAGAUCUAUGACAACGCCAUGAUCACAGCAGGCCUGAACGACGAUCCCCGACCAAUGAUUUCCCGCCUUAAUGAUCUGCUGACUAAAGCCCUGGAGAAGCACUGAGAGCUGCUCACAGACAUGAACAAUGCAGACUGACAUGGUUUGGAUGAUAGUGGCCUGCAGACUGAAACACGUACAAAGCUGAAGGACUGCAGUUUGUGUGAAGGCCUUUGUUCAUCUGGAGCCAUAAAAUCCCAUCCCAUUCCCCCUUAUGGAGAGCACAUAAAGAUGGACUGAAGGUGAACUGCUGUAAGCUUCUCCAUAAACACGUCUUCAUGCCGUGUGUUCAACAUUACUUAAUCAGGCACAAUGUUUUCCACAUCCUGAAUAAUCUGGAUGGAAACCAGCCACAAACAAUGUAAAGAUGAAGAGGGAAAGAAGUGAGAUACUUUAUAAAGUUUGUCAGGCCAAAAGUGCAGUGAGUAAAUCUGAUUUCUAGAUUCACAUUUCAAAAUCCUGGUGAAAUACGGUGUCACAGGUCAACAGAGUUUCAUUCUGAAUUUUGCAUCAGUGCUUUGAAACUAAUUACAGCAUAAUCAGAGAUGUAAAAUUUCCUCACUGCUAAAUGAAGCUGGUAACGUUUUAAUAUUUUUUUUGUUGCUUCUUUUUUAUGAGCCCUCCAAAAUUGUUUUCACAUUAUUUAAUAUUUUCUGUUCACUUUUGCGGAGUAUGUGGAGCUGAAUAGCUGAAAAACUUUUUUGAACAGCUUCAAACGGAAACAAAUAUUUGUAGAUGGUUUAUGAGUUGCAAAUGUAAUUUGUCAUCUGUCAGUGGUCAAAAUAGGCUUCUCGACAUUGGUAUUAAAGUACCAGAGAAUCCAAUAAAACCGAUUCAAAAUACUG